AUGUCUCUCAAGGCAAUUUCCCCCAAAGAUGCUGCGGCUCUCGACAAGGACCUCAUGGAAGUGGGUGGUUUUUCACUCGAUCAGUUGAUGGAGCUGGCGGGUCUUUCUGUUUCACAAGCAGACUCCUCCAUACAGAGUGAGGCUGAUAGUUCGUACGCCUAUCAGGAGGAGAUGGCCUGGUCGCAGCUCGUCAUCUCGCCCAUUACGGGUACAACCCUUCGGUUUACUACCCCAAGCAGGCGCCUCAAAAUCCAGCUGAAGAACCUAAACGUACCCUUCGUCCCCGACUUCACCGAGGCCCUGAAAUCCGCCGACCUCGUCAUCGACGCCAUCUUCGGCUUCUCCUUCGGGGGUCCCCUGCGCGAGCCCUUCCCAUCCAUCAUCUACCAGAUGGAGGAGACCAAGGUGCCCGUGCUGAGCAUCGACGCCCCCAGCUCGUGGGACAUCACCACCGGCCCGCCCAAGGAAGGCCCCGGGUCCAAGUUUAUGCCCGGCGCGCUCGUCAGCCUGACGGCCCCCAAGCCGUGCGUGAAAUGGUACCGUGGCAGACACUUUGUCGGCGGCCGGUUCCUGACCAAGGACAUCGCUGAGAAAUACGAUCUCGAUUUGCCAGAGUACCCUGGAAUCGAUCAGAUUGUCGAGGUUGGUGUGGAUGCCGAUGAGAAGCUUUAA